CUCUGCCCCGCAUGUGUCUCAGAAAGCUGUAGCUCUCUAAUCUAUAACAGCAUGAACCUGCUUUAUAUCCUUUUAUUGUUCCUUUGGUCAGCUUUCAAUGCGUCUGAUGCAUGGGACCCAGAUUACCAUACAACAACAGCAUCUCCUGAUGCAUGGCAUACUACUACUACUUCAGUGAAGGACACCAGCUCCUUCCUUAUCUACAACGAGGACCACAACAAAUGUUUGACAGUCGUGGGUGGUAAUGUAAAGGCUGCACCGUGUGAUGAAUCGUCUAAGGCACAGUAUUUCAAAUGGAUUUCCUCUUCACGAAUCAUCAGCCUCUCUUUUAGUCUCUGUUUGGGGGCAGAGAAGAUCGAAAACUGGGCCAAAAUUAUCCUUCUGCCCUGCAAUGAAUCUAACCCCGGACAAACCUGGGAAUGUAAAAAUGAGACCUUGUUUGGAUUGAAGGGACAUCCACUGCACCUGAACCAUGGAAAUGAAAAUAACAAAAAUAUGAUGUUGUUUACGGGAACAGGUGUUUGGAGUCACUGGCAGAUUUAUGGAACCGAAGAAAAUUUGUGUUCUUAUGGAUAUCAAGAGAUGUCUAGUAUAGGUGGUAAUUCAUUUGGGAAACCAUGCCAUUUCCCUUUUAAGUUUCAUGUCAAGUGGUACGCUGAGUGCACUGUGGAUGGCAGGAGUGAUGGUCAUCUGUGGUGUUCCACAGAAAAAGAUUACAACAUCGGUGGAAAGUGGGGCUUCUGCCCCACAAAAAAUGUCCCACAGCCCAACAUCGCAGUGUAUGGGCAGAUGCAGGACAGAGAGCAUGUGAUAGUGAUGUGUUCAUUUGGCAAGUGGUUCAUUGAGAGCUCUUUCCAGCUGUCAGUGGAGGGUAAACACAACUACACACUGAAGGACCCACUGCGUUAUUCAAAUGAAAAGUGUGUGUUUCAUGUGAAAGUGAGUCCACCUGUUUCCUUCACCUGUGUGCACGAGAUUAAUUCUGCGGUGAACCGUCGCAGUGAGACCUACACCUACAGCCCAUCUGCUCAAGCCACCAACAUGAGCACAACAUAUUACCAGACACAGAAUAAGUCAGCAGAUUUGUUGUUUGAUGCUUUUAGAUUUCGGUUACUACUGAUUUAUUUAUGUUUUGAAUGAAUGAAGGUAUGGAUAAUUUCUUUCUUAUUAGUUAACGUUUAGAUAAGCAAUUACAUUUUUCUAAUGGUUUAGUGGUUAUAAAUACAGCUUUUCAAAAUUGUAAAAAGUAAAAAAUACAACUUUGUAUGUUUAUCUUAUACAUCUUAUAGAAACUCAAACCCCCAACAUGACAUGAGGGUUUGAGCUUCUAUUAGAUAUAUGAAAAUAUGUAAUACAUAGAGAGCAAUAAAUGCUUGUUCACACCAAGGAUGAUAACUAUAAAGAUAACGAUUAAGAUAUAGCCUAGGCUAGUUCUAAAAAUCUUUCUCCAUAUUAAAGAAUAGCAGAGUUCACACCACAACUAUAACGAUAAAGAUAGGAGGAAUGAUA